GCUUAUUUUUCAGUGUCAGCAAAUUGGACAAUGGCAGUUGAGUGGGUUUUGAAAAUGUCUGAAGUUUAGUGGGCCGCAUCUACCUUCCGCUUUUGCCCUACCAUUUACAAAAGAAUAAAUGGGAUGUUUGAGAAGACAGCUCUAUUAAAAGAAGAGUGUUGCAAAUGGCUUCAGAUUCUAUGAAUACAAAAUACCCUAGGAACCACUUCACAAAGGGGAAAAGGCAGCAGCACCAGCAAACAAAGACUAGGUCUUCCAUCAGUGAUGGCGAUGGCGACGACUCCUUUAUCUUCGAAGCACAGGAAGCUUGGAAAGAUUUUCAUGGAUCUCUUCUUCGGUUUUAUGAAAAUGGAGAACUCUGUGAUGUCACACUAAAGGUUGGCUCAAAGUUAAUCUCGUGUCACAAACUGGUUUUGGCUUGCGUUAUUCCCUACUUCAGAGCCAUGUUUCUGUCUGAAAUGGCUGAAGCCAAGCAGACAGUGAUUGAGAUUAGAGAUUUUGAUGGCGAUGCAAUAGAAGACCUGGUAAAGUUUGUCUAUUCUUCACGACUCACUCUGACUGUUGACAAUGUCCAGCCUCUCUUAUAUGCAGCCUGCAUUCUGCAGGUGGAACUGGUGGCUAGAGCUUGCUGUGAAUACAUGAAGUUACAUUUUCAUCCCUCCAAUUGCUUGGCGGUAAGAGCCUUUGCGGAAAGUCACAAUCGAAUAGACUUGAUGGACAUGGCGGAUCAGUAUGCCUGUGAGCACUUUACUGAAGUAGUGGAGUGUGAAGACUUUGUAAGUGUGUCACCCCAGCAUCUCCAUAAGCUUUUGUCCUCCAGUGAUCUAAAUAUUGAGAAUGAAAAACAGGUCUAUAAUGCAGCCAUCAAGUGGCUUCUUGCCAAUCCUCAGCAUCAUUCCAAAUGGUUGGAUGAAACACUUGCACAGGUUCGUUUGCCGCUGUUGCCGGUGGAUUUCCUUAUGGGUGUUGUGGCAAAAGAACAGAUUGUCAAGCAAAAUUUAAAAUGUAGAGAUUUAUUGGAUGAAGCAAGAAAUUACCACCUUCACUUGAGUAGCAGAGCAAUACCUGACUUUGAAUACUCUGUUCGGACUACACCAAGGAAGCAUACUGCUGGUGUGCUGUUUUGUGUGGGUGGUCGAGGUGGAUCUGGUGACCCUUUUCGCAGUAUUGAAUGCUAUUCUAUCAACAAAAACAGUUGGUUCUUUGGACCAGAAAUGAAUAGUAGAAGGCGACACGUGGGUGUAAUCUCUGUAGAAGGUAAAGUGUAUGCUGUGGGUGGACAUGAUGGAAAUGAGCAUUUAGGUAGCAUGGAGAUGUUUGACCCUCUCAAUAAUAAAUGGAUGAUGAAGGCAUCAAUGAACACAAAGAGGCGAGGAAUUGCCUUAGCCUCCUUAGGAGGCCCAAUUUAUGCAAUUGGAGGGCUAGAUGACAACACUUGCUUCAACUACGUUGAGAGAUAUGACAUAGAAUGUGACCAGUGGAGUACAGUAGCACCAAUGAUUACUCCCCGUGGAGGAGUUGGCUCUGUGGCUCUAGUAAAUCAUGUUUAUGCAGUAGGUGGCAAUGACGGAGUAGCUUCUCUGUCGAGUGUGGAGAGGUAUGAUCCACAUCUGGAUAAGUGGAUAGAACUUAAAGAGAUGGGUCAACGAAGAGCAGGCAAUGGAGUCAGUGAUCUCCAUGGUUGUUUAUAUGUUGUUGGUGGUUUUGAUGAUAAUUCUCCUCUGAGUUCGGUUGAGCGGUAUGACCCUCGAAGCAACAAGUGGGAUUAUGUAGCAGCACUUACCACUCCCAGGGGUGGAGUGGGGAUCGCAACAGUGAUGGGCAAAAUCUUUGCAGUUGGUGGUCAUAAUGGCAAUGCAUAUUUAAAUACAGUGGAAGCAUUUGAUCCAGUGCUGAAUAGGUGGGAGCUUGUUGGAUCUGUGUCUCAUUGCAGAGCUGGAGCAGGUGUAGCUGUGUGUGCCUGUUUAACUAGCCAAAUUCGAGAUGUAGGUCAUGGAUCCAAUAAUGUGGUUGACUGCAUGUGAUUUGAGUUCCAAUCAUCAACAAUUUCAUCAUAUCUGAUAGUCAGGAAAAAUGACCAGGAUUUUGUAUGACCCUCUUUGAAUAGUUUUAACUACUGCUAGAGUCUUAAUGAAAUGUAAACUGUUGUAUUGUGACGAAGUACAACUUUCGGGAUAGUAGCUAAAGAAUUAUUAGUAAUAAUGUUAAAUUUGAUACUUUCUACUCUAGCAAAUAAUUGAGCAGGGAAGAAAGACAUUCUAACCUGAAACCAUACCUUCCCUGAAAAAUGUUUAAAGUAGUGCCAAAUGUUAAAAUCCCUAUUUAAAAAAGUGUGGACGAAUCAAAAUGUAAGUCAUUUGCUGAGUUUUACUUUUUUUUUUUUUUUGGCCUAAAGGUAUUAACCUUAGGCGGUGGGCUUUUCCUAGAGGGGAGAUUAGACUCUGUUCAUCAACACCAGGACAUCAGGACACAGAAGAGACCAUUUUUUUUAAUUCUUUAUUUGUUAAGGUAUUACAAAUGUGUCCUUAUCCCCCCAUUAACCCCCCACCC